UCUCCCCGACGUCAUCGUCCAUUAAACCGACGGAGACAGCAUGGCUUCUUGUUCUUUAUUGCCAUUGUGACCUACUGGUAUUCCUGACCAUCCAAGCAAAGAGAGGUGGAGGAGAAGGUCUUAACAGCGAACAGACGCAGAUAUGCAGGGACUUCGCUUGCUGCUUCAGCUGCAGCUGCUACUGCUGCUGCUUCGGCUAUCGGUGCUUCCUUCUCCUGCUACUGCUGCGCAGCUUGGCGACAUCUGCGUGUCGAAUGGAAACUGCGACGCCGGGCUACAUUGCGAGACAUGCGUCGCCAGCGGCAACGGGUUGUUCAGGUGCACGCGAAUUCAGCCCUCCGAUCCCAAAUCGAAGGGGACCGGUUUGCCGUUUAAUAGGUACUCGUGGUUGACGACUCACAACUCGUUCGCGAAACUCGGUCAGAAAUCGCGCACCGGAACGCCCGUGAUCACCCUGGAGAACCAGCAGGACUCCAUCACCGAUCAACUCAACAACGGCGUAAGGGGGUUGAUGUUGGACAUGUACGACUUCCUGGAAGACAUCUGGUUGUGCCACUCCACCGGUGGCAAAUGCUACAACUUCACUGCCUUUCAACCGGCGAUCGAUGUGCUCAAGGAAAUCCAGGUUUUCCUUGAAGCAAACCCUUCGGAGGUCGUCACGAUAAUUAUCGAGGACUACGUCACCUCCCCCAUGGGCCUCACCAAAGUCUUCAACGCUUCCGGACUGCUCAAGUAUUGGUUCCCGGUCUCAAGAAUGCCCAAGAAUGGCGGGGACUGGCCGCUGCUCAGCGACAUGAUCAGCCGAAACCAGCGCCUGCUGGUGUUCACCUCCAAGUCCGCCAAAGAAGCAUCCGAGGGCAUCGCCUACGAGUGGACGUACAUCGUGGAGAAUCAAUAUGGAGACGGAGGCAUGGAGGCAGGCGCGUGCCCGAACCGAGCGGAGUCGUCGCCCAUGAACACCACGUCGAGGUCGCUGGUGCUGAUGAACUACUUCCCCACCAUUCCAAACCUAGCGACGGCCUGCAAGCACAACUCCGCCCCGCUUCUGAGCAUGCUGAACACCUGCCAUAACUUGUCGGCGAAUCGCUGGCCCAACUUUAUAGCCGUCGACUUCUACAAGAGAAGUAAUGGAGGUGGAGCACCGGAAGCCACGGACGUAGCCAACGGGCACUUGGUUUGUGGAUGCGACAACAUUGCCUACUGCAAGGUAAAUGCCUCGUUUGGGGUCUGCGAAGUUCCACCUCCGCCGGCGCCGACGACCGACUCGUCCGGCGUGAAUGGGAACUCUUCCGGCUCGUCGAUCGCGUUGCUUCUUGCACAUCAACUCCGAUACUUGUGGUUGGCAGUGAUCAUGUCGAUCUGCAUCAGCAUUAGAUAGUCUGGUUUUGGAUGCGUGUGAAUUUGAAGGCAUUGUGUUUGGCACAGAAAUUGUUUCUGCCCACGAAAUAAUUGAUGAUUGAGCGACUGUAUUUGAUAAAAUUAUAUAUAUAUUUUUAAUAUGGUUGCCAA